AUGAAGGCAGCAUUCGGAAUUGUCGAAAAAAGUGUCAUAUUAUUAGUUGUUAUAUUUUUAAUUAAAAGUUCUGAUUCGCUGUUUAAAGUGACCAAUAUAAAAUGCCAGUGCUACGACAAGACCUUUUGCGAUUUUCCGCAGUGCGAGUUAAAGGUAUUGGGUCGAGGAAAAGUUGGCAUAUUUAUCUACACCAAGAUUUAUCAGCUACCCGUAAAAAAAGUGCUUGUCAAUCUAAGCCUAUUUAGAAAGUUUAGUGGCUAUCGGCCCUUCAUGUACAAUGUCACCGUGGAUUUCUGCGAUUAUAUCAGGAAUCCAAAGCGAUUUCCCUGGUUUGGCGUAGUCCACGAAACAAUGCUCAAUUUCACCAACGUAAAUCACAGUUGCCCAUACAAUCACGACCUCAUUGUAUCGAAGAUGGUUCUAAGUGAUAUAAUGUUGAAGAAGACCCCUUUUCCAACCGGAUCGUACAUGUUCCAACUGAUCGCUGGCAAUCCCAAGUGGCAGGGCAUCACACAAAUCAUGACGGAUAUUGUUGAGACUUAA